AGAAGCAGCAUCAUGAUGGCAAAUUUAAGUAGAAACGCUGUGCUUCUAUUUCUUCUCUUCUUCAUCGUGGUGGUUCUUCAAUUCCAGAUCGCCGUUCAACAAGGCGGCGCCGGCCACCCUGUCGUUCAAGAUGAACAAGGAUACCCCCUCUUACAUAAGUAUGUUCUGGAUACUGUUUCCCUACUCAAAAAGUCUCACAAAAGCUCGUGGGAGAAGGUCAAAUCUGUAAUCCAUGACCUUCAGAUGAAGUUCUCUCCUCCAAAUUUGGAUUUCCGGGGAGCGAAGGAGGCCCAAAGUGAUGGAAUGAAAGAAGCAGCAGAGAAGAGCUUCCAUAAAAGCAAAGAGACAGUGAAGGAAUCUGCAAAAUCUGCAGCAGAAAUGAUUGGAGAUGCAGUUCACAAGACCGCACAAAAAGUGAAGGCUCCUUCCUCUGCCUCUGCCUCUGAGCGAGAGUCUGAUUCAGAGCUUUAAAUCUUUUUGUCACACACACACACACACUUGCACACUUAUUUAAUCAGUAGAAAACGAUACUGUGAAACAAUCUGUUUAUCUUGAAGCUUCUGUUACCUUUCCAAAUUUCAUCCUUAUCCAAA